CGCGAGCCGGUCUCUCCCGCACGCAGGUUCCUGAACAGCCUGGGCGCCAUCUUCUCCUUUGUUUCCAAGGACGCGCUGGCCAAAAUACAGAUCAUGGAGAACUACUGCAGCGGCGAGCAGCAGCAGAAGUACCUGACGCUCCAGUCCAUGGUGCAGUACGAGGUGGCCAACGGGCUGGUAGAUACCCAGAAGCGGUCGGGGCACCCUGACUCCGGCUGCCGGACGGUGCUGCGCCUCCACAGAGCCCUGCGCUGGCUGCAGUUGUUCCUGGAGGGGCUGAGAACUGGUCAGGAAGACUCCAAGACAUCAGUGAUCUGCACGGACUCUUACAACGCUUCUCUGGCUAACUAUCACCCCUGGAUUAUUCGCAAGGCUGCCACUGUGGCCUUCCAUGCUUUACCUUCUCGAAAUGCAUUCCUUGAAAUCAUGAAUGUGGGCACCCCUGAGGAGGCUGUCGUUAUGCUGGGUGAUGCCUUACCACAUAUCUGCAAUGUCUAUGGGAUCACUGAGGAGCUCUAUGCCCAACAUAAGCUGCUUGAUCUCCCUUGAUGCGAUGGAUGUUAAACAGCAACUCCGCAUCCUGACAGAAGUGGAAGGUGUGAAAACUAUGUUUUCAUACAUACACAAACUAUGGCACUCUUCCUUUCCUUUUCCAGUAGAGAGAUAGCAAGCAAACUGGCAAAGCUAUUCAGGAUGCCUCACUUCGUAAGAAAAAAAAAAAUGCACGCAUGCACAUAUGCAUCUGCCUCAGCUCUACAGGAAGAAAGAAGUCUAAUAGCUUGCUUAAAUGGAUUUCUUUCCUCCCUUCUCCUGGAUUCACCUUCAAAACUCUAGCUAGGUUUUGUGGAGGUUGGCUGGUUUCAUUUUUUAAGCCAAACUGAACACCUUUAGCAACUUCUCUGUAUUUACACCAAUAGUUAGGAUCUCAUAUGACUAAAAUUUAUGCAUUAAAAUUCAAGUUCUAACUUCCUGAUAUGAUAUUCUAAACAUGCUGACACUACAUGUCAGCUCACUUUGCCACUUUGUUUACAAGCCGUUCCCCUGAAUAGGGCUGACCUUUGCUCUCUCUUAUACUUUAACCUUGAAAACAGAAUCCAGAAUAAGGUGUCUCUGAAAAAAAGCUCUUUUCUUGGUGGUCACAGACUCACCCGAUGAUGGCUGCUAAUUCUGUGCCACCUAGUUUUAAAGAUGGAAAUGUUGUUGCCUUUUGUUGCAAUGAGAUACUGUUCUUCCUUUGCGCAUGGCGCCAUUAAGCAGGAACGUUCUUUUCUGUGGAGCUUCCCCUGCUCGUUAUUUUUGUAUAUGCUUUAUGCUUCAUGGGAAUCAGAGCAAUUUUUAGUAUGUACUACACAAUACUAUAUAUCCAGAUAAGGCUCCAAAUUCUACUUGUUCUGUUUUCAAGCUGUGCUUCUAAACUGUGUUUUAUCAUGUUUUUGGGUUUUUUUUUUUCGUUUUGUUUGUUUGUUUGUUUGUCUUUACGACUGUCAUAUGCAUACAGAAAUGACAUCUCUGGGGAGAAACCUGAAUUUGGGCUGUAAGGCACGACCUUGUGAAGCUUACGGCUUCUAUUUCAAAUCAGUUACGGUGUUUCAUGCACAGAAGUCACUUUAUUUUUAUAUAUGUGUGUGAAGUGUCUAAAAUAUGUGAACUAGGUAAAAUGAAGUUUACUUAGCUUUUUAAAAGCAGAAGAAACAUUAGAAAGACAUGAAUACUUGAACACUUGGGAGAGGAGGGAGCACCCCACAAAUUUAGUCACGUAUUUUGGCUGUAUCUCUCAAAUAGGAGGCACUUGGACUACUUCAACACUGCAUGAUUCACAAAAUCACCAUUACUUCAUGGGAUUAGUCUAACUGGUCAUUAAACUGCUUGAGCAACUUGCCUCUGAAGAGCAUCCUUUACAGGAAUGCUUUAUUUUUUGUGGUGUUGGAAGAAACAUAGUGUUCUUAUAUUCAUAUCCUGUCCUUCACUAGCAGCGUCUGAUUAAUUUACGUAGUGAUCAGAUAUGAAACCAAUCAUGAGAAAAAACGCAGAUGAAAUUAUAAGCUGCUGACUGAGCCCCUAUUCUGACUACUCACAUCUGUCAACGAUGUUUUUUUGCCUGAAGAAAGGAAAAUUAGUUUCCUUGCACAUCCUAAGUGGAGGUUUUCUUGCUAUACUGUGAAAACAAAAAUAUCAUUCCCUUUCUGCUAAGACCACCUUAAAAAAAUAACAUAAUUCCUUAGGAUAAGUCCAUAUAUUAAAAUGGAGCAGUUCCAUGUUACAAACUACAACAUAUCUCUUCCUGUCCAAUACAGAUACAGUUGGUAUUUCAUCUGUGUGGGGUAGUAAAUGCCACAAUAUGACUGAAGUUUCUUUAAACUAUGUCACAGUGUUCUGUGCCAAGUGAAGAUAAGUUGUCUCUCUCUCUCUCGUGGGUUUAAUGCAUAAAUGGUAGUGUUACCACGUGGAAAAAUUAUUUUUUCUCCCUUGUCACAUUCAUUCUCAGCUGUUGGUCUUAUGAGAUAAAUAUUAAUGCUGAAAGUGAACUUGAUUUUUCCAAUUAAAGAAUCAAACUUUCUCAGUA